UCUAUAUGGAAAUCAACAGGCGGUCUGGACUGGAGACUUCAUCAUUUCUGUCAUGAUCGGUUGCCUCAGUAAAAUCAACGAGCCCAGAGUCACUGCUCGUAUCGCCUCCAGCAUGCAGAACCUCGUGAAAGGUGCCUACCGACCUGUCGGUGUUUCUGCAGCAGUUCGGCCGCACUUUAAGCGUUACAUAUUAAAGUCUUUUUAUAAAACAGCAAGCCUCUUCGCCAGUGCUAUGGAAUGUGUGGCGAUCCUUGCUGAUCUUCCUCCAGCCCUCGUAUCAGCAUGCUACCUUUUCGGAGUCCACUUCGGUCUGGAAUUCCAAAUCCGAGACGAUAUGCUCGAUGUCGAGAUGGACGUUGAAGGCAGCUCAGGAAGUCUCGGGAAACCAAAAGGAACAGACUUGCUCAACGGUCAAGCAACAGCACCGUUCCUUUUCGCAUGUGACGACGAUCCGUCCUUGCUAUCCUUGGUGGAGCGCGGGUUCAAGGGGGAGGGAGAUGCGGAGAUGGCCUUAGAGGCAUUGCAGAGAAAUGGGAAAGCAUUACAACGAGCGAAACUGCUCGUGGGAUAUCACGCUUCUAAAGCGAUAGGCUGCUUACUCCAACUUCCCGACUGUGAUGCUCGACAAGCGUUGAUUGAUCUUACUAGCAGCUACGCUGCCCGUACUUCGUAG